UGUUGUCUCCUCGUAAUACCGGAGCUGGGAAAGGUAGCCAACAUGACUGCUCCACAUAAAAUUGUGCGUCUCUUCAUUUUGUUUGUCUUCUUGGUCCACGGUUCGUCAUCUUUUCUUUUCUCGCCGCCUCAAAGAAAAAAUCUCCCACACAUGACUUCUGAUGUAGAGGAAGUCUCAGGGAAGUCGUUCGAUUACAUUAUUGUCGGGGGAGGCACUGCAGGCUGUCCACUAGCUGCAACUCUCUCUGAGAAAUUCUCUGUUCUGUUGGUUGAACGGGGUGGGUCUCCUUUCGAGAACCCUUUGGUAAUGGAGAAGAAAUACUACGGCUACUCACUUUUUGAAACCGACGAGUUCUCAUCGGUCGCACAGAGCUUUGUUUCGGUAGAUGGGGUCAGAAACCUCAGAGGGCGGGUCCUUGGAGGAUCGUCAGCUAUCAAUGGAGGCUUUUAUAGCAGAGCGAGCAAGGAGUUUGUUAAAAAAGCUGGAUGGAAUGAAGAGAUGGUGGCAAAAGCUUAUGAGUGGGUGGAAUCGAGAGUCGUCUUCCCGCCCAUGCUUACUCCAUGGCAGUUUACAGCUGAGUUUGGGCUACUCGAGGCAGGAAUUCUGCCCUACAAUGGAUAUACCCUGGAACAUGUUGAGGGGACAAAGAUUGGAGGGACAGUUUUCGAUCAGCUUGGGACACGACACACCUCGGCAGACCUUCUACAGGGAGGGAAUCCUGAGAAUAUCAUAGUCUUACUGAAUGCAACCGUAAAGAACAUCAUAUUUCACAACAAUAGUGAUAAAAAUGAGACCUGCGCAAGUGGAAUCUCAUUCAUUAGAAGUGAUGGAACCGCAGAUGAAACCUUCGAAGCUGUCCUUAGUGGGGCAAAUGAUUCAAGUUCUCCAUUGGGCGAUGUUAUCUUAGCUGCAGGGGCAAUGGGGAGUCCAGCAAUCCUAUUGCUAAGUGGGGUCGGCCCUCCUAAGCAUCUCAAGAAGUUCGACAUUCCCAUAGUAGUUGCCCUAAAAGAUGUUGGGCGGCAAUUGAAGGAUAACCCCUGCAUCUCCCUAAUGGCUGAUUCUCGGCCACUGAAUCGCCCAGCUGACCCUCCCCAAGUUGCGGGAAUAGCCAAGGAUCUCAAGUUCAUCAUCGAGGCGGGAGUCCUUCCCAUAAGCGCUAACUCCACACUCGUUCCAGUAGCAGCCAAACUCGCAUUCCCGAAAUCGAAGGGCAGGCUAAAGUUGAACAGCAUGGACCCGAGGGAGAACCCUACUGUGAAGUUCAACUACCUCAGCAAGGAAGAGGACCUCAAGCAGUGUGUGGAGAUGGUAGAAAUGCUCCAACGGGUCGUGAGCUCUCAGGCAGUCACAGUCUUCCUAGGGGCUGAACACAAAAAGGAUGUUCUGGUGGGCUCGGAGGACCUUCCAGGAUUAUGCCAGAAGAAUGUGAGGACAUUCUACCACUAUCAUGGUGGGUGCUCCGUCGGGUCAGUCGUAGACAGCGAUUACAGAGUGUAUGGAGUAAAGGGAUUGCGGGUCGUUGAUGGCUCCACUUUCCUGGAGUCGCCAGGGACGAACCCGAUGGCCACUCUCAUGAUGCUUGGGAGGUAUCAAGGCAUGAAAAUUCUGCAGGAAAGGGAUUCCACAUAACAAUUUCAGGGUUCCUUGGUUUAUCUCUUUUCAGUAGUUGCUGGAAUUUAACCGUUUUAUAUAAGCUCAGGAAGACAUGUAUGUGAUAACUGAUUUUCGAUGUUACCCCGUGAUUCCAAUCUGCUGUUCAUGUCCUGAACCAAAUCCUUUUAGCUCUCUAGUACAUAGUUCUAAUCGAAUUAUCAGUUACUCAGAUGGAAAUGAAAAAGUAU